UUGAGUUUGGCAAAUGAAGAUAAAACAAUGUCCGCCAACCUAAAAUACCUUUCCUUGGGAAUUUUGGUCUUUCAGACUACCAGUUUGGUUCUAACGAUGCGUUACUCUAGGACUUUAAAAGAAGAGGGACCUCGUUAUCUAUCUUCUACAGCAGUGGUUGUUGCUGAACUUUUGAAAAUAAUGGCCUGCAUUUUAUUAGUCUACAAAGAUAGCAAAUGUAGUCUAAGAGCACUGAAUCGAAUACUGCAUGAUGAAAUACUUAAUAAACCUAUGGAAACUCUGAAACUUGCUAUUCCAUCAGGGAUAUAUACUCUUCAGAAUAAUUUACUUUAUGUGGCACUAUCAAAUCUGGAUGCAGCUACUUAUCAGGUCACAUAUCAGUUGAAAAUUCUUACAACAGCAUUAUUUUCUGUGUCUAUGCUUAGUAAAAAAUUAGGUGUGUACCAGUGGCUCUCCCUAGUAAUUUUGAUGACAGGAGUUGCUUUUGUACAGUGGCCCUCAGAUUCUCAGGAGCUUGAUUCUAAGGAACUUUCAGCUGGCUCUCAAUUUGUAGGCCUCAUGGCAGUUCUCACAGCAUGUUUUUCAAGUGGCUUUGCUGGGGUUUACUUUGAGAAAAUCUUGAAAGAAACCAAACAAUCAGUUUGGAUAAGAAACAUUCAACUUGGUUUCUUUGGGAGUAUAUUUGGAUUAAUGGGUGUCUACAUUUAUGAUGGAGAAUUGGUGUCAAAGAAUGGAUUUUUUCAGGGAUAUAACCGACUGACUUGGAUAGUUGUUAUUCUUCAGGCACUUGGAGGCCUUGUAAUAGCUGCUGUUAUUAAAUAUGCAGAUAAUAUUUUAAAAGGAUUUGCAACCUCUUUAUCCAUAAUAUUAUCAACACUGAUAUCCUAUUUUUGGCUGCAAGAUUUUGUGCCAACCAGUGUCUUUUUCCUUGGAGCCAUCCUUGUAAUAACAGCUACUUUCCUAUAUGGUUAUGAUCCCAAACCUACAGGCAAUCCUACUAAAGCAUAG